ACUGCUCUGCCGCUCUGCAAGGUGACUGUUGUCUGCUAGAGAUCCUCCUGAUAAUCAAGCCAGGCCUCGUCCCCAGGGGCGAAGCUACGUAUAGCUACCCGGUGUCACUGGCACCGGGUGCAAUUUGCAUGCACUUAUUGGCUUAGUGUGUAGGCCAUUCAAUUGUUUGAUAUGUAGGCAUGUGUUCUUCUAUAUGGACACCGGGUAAUUUUAAGUCUGGAUCCGCCCCUGCUCGUCCCUCCAGCACAGCAGCGAGCCAUGCCCUGCGACGACAAGUGCGGCUGCGCCAUGCCGUGCCCGGGCGGCGCCGCCUGCAGGCACGGUGCGCCGGGAAGAAGCAGAGCAGCGGCGGCGGGGCGGUGCCGGUGAACCCCGCGGCCGUGGCGCACACCACCUGCACCUGCGGCGAGCACUGCUCCUGCAGGCCGUGCCCCUGCGGCCGGCUCGGCUCCGGCGACGGCGCCGGCAGGGCCGACUGCACCUGCGGCCCCACCUGCACGUGCGUCGUCUGCACCGCCUGAUCAAUCCAUCCAUCGGACUCGUAGCGCUCCCUGUGUCUGUUGCUUCAGAUGUACUGUACCACCACUGUCACCUACUCAUGGCAUGAAUAAGAAUCGUUCAUCUUCA